AAAUUAUUUCGAAAAAAUAAAUAACUAUUAUCUUUAGUAUGUUACACUGUAUGUAAACGUCACUGUGAUAAUAUUAAAAAAUAAUUCACAUAUAUUAAUUUUCCACUUAUUAAUUUCUCGAUUGACAUUAAGUAAUACAAAUAUUUCAAAAUCAUACAUUAUUUAUAAAAUGUACCAUAUUUAUAAAUUUUAUCGUUUCGUUAAGAUAACUAAUUUAAUCUCUAUAAUCUUCACGUUGUGUAACUAUCACCAAUAAGGUAAAAUGUAAACACACGGAUUAACCGUUGCCAAUAGUUAUGGCAACAGAAUAUAUGUAUCGAUCGACGCACAUCAUCUAAUAAUGUGUAUAUGCCAUUCAGUUGUUUCUCCGACUUCGUACAAGAAACACGAUGACGGACGAUAUUUCCGCGGUUCAAAAGAAGUUUGGCAGUUUGAACGAAUACAGCAUACAAUUGAACAGAUGGUUUUCGAAAACGAUAGGCGUAUGGCCACUUUCGUCCUCAACCUCAAAAUUUGAAAAGAUAAUGACGAAGAUUCUGAUUUUUCUCUGUUGGAAUAUCGCGCUAUUCGUUAUAAUAUCAGGCUUAUUACAUUUCACUCUCGUGAAAGAAGAUAUCGUCUCGAAAUUGAAGACUCUCGGUCCUAUAAGCUAUUGCUUCGGCGGAGGACUCAAUUAUGCUGUGUUGUUGCUACGUAAAAAUGACAUACGUUAUUGUAUAGACCAUAUAGAAACCGAUUGGAAUGCGAUCACAAGAACAAAGGAUCGGCAAGUAAUGCUUAAAAACGCAAAAAUUGGUCGCAUCAUUUCCGGUUGCAUCGCAGGUUUCAUGCAAGUUGACAGUAUUUGUUUCUGCACUGUAUUGGGUGUUUUCAAACAGACAAUCAAAGUCGGCAAUGAAAGCAUAAAAGUAUACGUCUUACCCUCUCCAACCUAUAAAAUUCCGGUUGAUACUAAUCCAGGACAUGGUAUUGUCCUGGGUUUGCAAUUUUUAUCGGCAUAUAUUGUGAACGCUACUAUUGUUAUCUCUUUUAGUCUUGCUACGGUAUUUGCGUGUCACGCUAUCGGUCAAUUAACUAUAAUGGUUACAUGGAUUGAAGAAUUUGUAAAUCGGCCACAGGAAGAAAAUAACAAUGUAUGCAUUGAUAAAAUAAGUAUGAUCAUCGAACAUCACUUAAGAAUAUUAAGUUUCCUAGAACGUACUGAACAUCUAUUGAGUCCAAUAUGCUUCAUGGAAAUGUUCAAGAAUAUAUUGAGUAUAUGUAUGCUUAGCUAUUGCAUUCUUGCGGAAUGGUCUGAACACGAUAUUAGGAUCCUCAGUACAUAUACUUUUGCAGUAAUGAAUAUAACUUUAAGCACAUUUUUAAUAUGUUAUAUCGGUGAAGUGCUAACUGAAAGAUGUAAAGAAGUUGGUAACAUAGUCUAUAUGACAAACUGGUAUCGGUUACCUGACAAGGAUAUUCUGAAUUUGAUUAUGAUUAUUACACGAUCUGAAGUAGAAUAUAAAAUGACUGCUGGAAAAAUAAUUGAUAUGUCGGUGAUUACUUUUGGUAAUAUAAUAAAAACUGUUUUUGCGUACUUAAAUAUAUUACGCCAAAUGACAAUACUGUAAAGUGCACAUAUAUUGAAUACAUAAAAAAAUAUGUAUUGAAUAAAUAAUUAAAAAUAAACUUUGCAUAUUAUUAAUUACAAUUGAG